AUUUAUAUUGGGCUGCAAGAUUCUUCCUUCUGAGAAAACAAUCUCCUUUAGCCACCUUAUCUCUCUAUCUAUCUUCGGUGUCUCCUCUCUCUCUCUCUCUCUCUUUCUCAUGCUUUCCUCUUGAAAAACCAGAACUUUUGGGUUUUCCUGAAGGGUUAGAGAGCUAUAAAGAGAGGGUAGGGAUAUUAAGAAACAAAAAGCGAAAGAGAGAGAGAAUCAUGGAAGCUGUGUUACAAACCAAAGGGCUUCUAUCACUACCACCAAACCCCAAAACCAGAGCUUCUUUAUACCCAUCACAGGGCUUAAAGCAGAGACUUUUUGCUUCAAAAACCAACGCCCUUUCUGGGUUUUCUUUAUCUUCAAAUGGGUUUCCAAGAUUUCCAGCUGUCGUGUCAAAACCAAAAGGAUUUCCUUCAAAAGAUAGAAACUUUCAUAUUUGCAAAGCAGAAGCUGCUGCCGCCGCUGAUGGGCAACCUUUAUUUGGUGAAACUGAAAAGCCUAAACUUUUGGGUAUUGGAGUUGAAACUCUUAAAAAAAUAAUCCCACUUGGGUUAAUGUUCUUUUGUAUUCUUUUCAAUUACACAAUCCUUAGAGAUACAAAGGAUGUGUUGGUUGUGACAGCUAAAGGGAGUAGUGCAGAGAUUAUACCAUUUCUAAAAACUUGGGUUAAUUUGCCCAUGGCUAUUGGGUUUAUGUUGUUAUAUACUCAAUUGGCUAAUGUUUUGUCUAAGCAGGCGCUAUUUUAUACUGUAAUUGUUCCUUUUAUUGCUUUCUUUGGUGCUUUUGGGUUCCUUUUGUAUCCUCUCAGCAAUCAUAUCCAUCCUCAAGCUUUUGCUGAUAAGCUUCUGAAUAUACUUGGACCAAGGUUUCUUGGUCCUAUUGCAAUUAUGAGGAUUUGGACCUUCUGUUUAUUCUAUGUUAUGGCUGAAUUGUGGGGAAGUGUAGUGAUAUCAGUGCUCUUCUGGGGAUUUGCCAAUCAGAUAACCACAGUAGAAGAAGCAAAAAGAUUCUACCCUUUGUUUGGACUUGGGGCAAAUAUUGCUCUAAUUUUCUCAGGCCGAACAGUGAAGUAUUUCUCUAAUUUGAGAAAAAAUUUGGGUCCUGGAGUUGAUGGUUGGGCCGUCUCUCUCAAGGGAAUGAUGAGCAUUGUCGUAGUGAUGGGACUUGCAAUCUGUUUCCUUUACUGGUGGGUGAAUAGGUCUGUUGCUCUUCCAACCCGUAGCAAGAAGAAGAAGGAAAAGCCAAAGAUGGGUACAAUGGAGAGCUUGAAAUUCUUGGUGUCUUCAAAAUACAUUAGAGAUCUUGCCACUUUGGUGGUUGCAUAUGGUAUUAGCAUCAACCUGGUUGAGGUUACCUGGAAAUCAAAGCUCAAAGCACAGUUCCCUAGCCCGAAUGAGUAUUCUUCCUUUAUGGGCGACUUUUCAACUGCCACUGGAAUAGCAACAUUCACGAUGAUGCUCCUUAGCCAAUACAUUUUUGACAAAUAUGGAUGGGGAGCUGCAGCUAAAAUCACACCUACAGUCCUGCUUCUCACCGGAGUGGGUUUCUUCUCUUUAAUUUUAUUUGGAGGUCCUAUUGCACCUGCUCUCGCACAGUUUGGGAUGACGCCUCUUCUUGCUGCUGUAUAUGUGGGUGCCAUGCAAAACAUUUUCAGCAAGAGUGCCAAGUACAGUUUGUUUGACCCUUGCAAAGAAAUGGCCUAUAUUCCGUUGGAUGAGGAGACCAAGGUUAAAGGGAAGGCAGCCAUUGAUGUCGUCUGCAAUCCAUUGGGCAAGUCCGGAGGAGCUUUGAUUCAGCAAUUUAUGAUCUUGAGCUUUGGGUCACUUGCUAAUUCAACUCCUUACCUUGGAGGAACCCUUCUAGUGAUUGUGCUUUUAUGGUUAGGUGCAGCCAGGUCUCUGGAUACUCAGUUUACUGCCCUGCGCCGCGAAGAAGAGCUCGAGAAGGAAAUGGAAAGAGCAGCUGUCAAGAUCCCAGUUGUGUCUCAAGAAGGUGGAAAUGGUUCACUUCCAAGCGGUUCUGCACUCAACCCAGCAACAGGUGACGCAACGAGCUCAUCUGAAACUACUCCCGGCAAGGUUUAGAAUAGUAAGAUGUUUCUUCCAUCAUUAAACUGUGGCAUACUGGAAGAAUAAGUCGACCAAAUGAGAAGCAUCUUUAGGUGAAUUGUCGAUUGUAGGAUUUUAUUUAUAGAAAGUAAUAAUAGCUAAAAGUGGUAUGCAAUCUGCUGUUCUUUUAAGUCCACUUUUUCUUGAGAAUGGGCUUACUCUUUUUAAUUUAUCUCGAGUUCCUUUGCCUGUAAAACUAAUAUGGACAGAUAUAUGAGUAGAAAUCCGUUCUUUCAAUUAAUAA